AUGAAGCUCGUCUAUGAUCUCACUAAUGCUCAGAUCGCGACCCUUCACAGCCUGUAUCAAAAAGAAUGGUGGACCAAGGGAAGAUCACUUGAGGAAACCCAAUCAUGCGUCAGUGGAUCUUCACUUUGCGUCGGUCUAGUCGACGACGAUGAAAACUUGGUUGGCUUCUCCCGUGUUUUGACGGACUAUACGUUCAAAGCUUUGAUCUUUGAUGUCAUUGUUUCUUCGAAUCAUCGCGGUUCAGGCUUGGGCGAGAGGCUACUCAGGGCCAUAUUUGACCACAAAAAGCUAUAUAAGGUCAAAAACUUUGAACUGUACUGUGCUCCCGAGAUGGAAAAGUACUACCAGAAGUUUGGGUUUUCUACUGAUGUUGGUGGGGUGUUGUUCCUGCGCAAAACAAGAACAUCACUCGUGGCGAAGAACUUUGAGGAUAAAAUCGAUGAUGGAUCAAGCUAG